AUGUUCGACGUGCAUGUGAUCGCUUGGAUUUGGUGUGGGUUAUGUGCUGGAGCUAGUAUAUUUGUGGCAAAUUUGAAGAGAAAGACGUAUCCACGAGACGCUGCCGAGAACAAUGCGGAAUUUCGUGGAUUGCAACGACGCUUCCUCUUUCCUUACUUGGUUGUCCUCUUCUCAGAAAGCUUACAAGCUCCGUAUCUCUACGCGUUUUUCUACGAUCUCAACUUUUUACCUACACAAAUAGCUGUUCUGUAUGUAGUCGGUCUGAUUUCGAACAUGGUCUUCAGUUUUUACUGUGUGCAUCUUUCGGCAAGAUACGUAGUAGGCGCCGGAUUGCGAGUGGGCGAGCAGGAA